AUGCACCUUUUGAAAUUCGACAAUCAGGGCGAGCUCAGCCUGACCGAGGAUCUUCACGACGGUAUUCCCCCAUACGCGAUCCUCUCUCAUACGUGGGGAGACGAUAAGGACGAGGUCGAUUUCGACGACCUCAAACACAAAUCGUUCAAGAGUAAGGCUGGCUAUGCGAAGAUCCGGUUCUGCGGCGAGCAAGCGAAGAAGGACAACCUCGAAUACUUCUGGGUGGACACAUGCUGCAUCAAUAAAGCGAACAAUACGCAAUACUCCGAAGCCAUCAACUCGAUGUUUCGCUGGUACCGCGAUGCCGUCAAGUGCUAUGUCUACCUGGCCGACGUGUCCAUCCCUGACGGAGAAGACCCGACAGAACGGGCAUGGGAACGGGCGUUCCGCAGCAGCAGAUGGUUCACACGGGGGUGGACGCUUCAAGAACUACUGGCGUCGGCAUCGGUCGAGUUCUUUUCACGAGAAGAGCAACGGCUGGGCAGCAGGAGCACCCUCGAACAGCCGAUCCACGAGAUCACGGAUAUUCCCAUUACGGCGCUCCGCGGCACACCUUUGUCUCAAUUUAGUGUGGACGAGCGCAUGCGAUGGGCCGCUCAUCGCCACACCAAGAAGAAGGAGGACCAGGCAUACUGUUUACUCGGAAUCUUUGAUAUCUUCAUGCCUCCCAUCUAUGGCGAAGGAGACCACGCUUUCAUCCGGCUGAACAAAGAGCUCGGUCGGCCUCCGCAGAGCACGAACGUGGAGAGAAGUAACAUACACUGGGUAGUAUCCCGCUCGCCCAACACUCUCUUUACGGGGAGAAAGGACAUCCUUGACGAUCUGGAACGGAGUGUCCGCGCCGCGGUGCAAGACGGCUCGCGCUCCAUGCAAUGUCGCGUGGUCAUCACAGGCCUGGGUGGCCAGGGCAAGAGCGAAAUCAGCUUACAACUUGCGCAACGUGUUCGAUCGUUACUCUGGGGUGUUUUCUGGAUCGACGUCAGCACGCCCUCUCUAGCCGAGAACGGAUUUCUCGACAUCGCCCACCGACUUCAGAUCUCGGCGCCCACGUGGGAGGAAGGCCGACAGGGGCUCGCCAAUAUCCAGCGACCGUGGAUGUUAGUGCUGGAUAAUGCGGAUGACCCCAACGUUGAUUACCAGGACUACUUCCCACCCGGUACAUCCGGCGUAGUGGUGCUAACAUCGCGAAAUACGGAAUGCGAGCAGUACGCGACCGCAGAAUACGUGGCUCUAGAAGGGCUUCCAACGGCGGACGCAACGGAACUCUUACUGAAAGCAGCCGGGGUAGCUAUUGACGGACGACCGUUGUUGGAUGAUGUAGCACGAAAGGUGGCCAUCUUACUCCAGUCACAUCCUCUCGCCUUAAUCCAGGCUGGAGCAUAUGUGAGGCGCGGCCACUGCAGCCUGGCCGCUUACCCCGAGGUGUAUCAGCGUCAACGGAAGCGACUGCUCGGGUUUCGGCCGUUACAGGCUCAGUCACGGUAUCGGGAUGUAUACGCGACGUUUGAAGCAUCGGUGGAGAUCUUGCAAGCGAGUCAAACGGAGUCGUCGCGAGAUGCACUCGAGCUGCUCCCACUUCUGGCGGUGUGCGGGCCGAGUCAACUACCGCUGCUCCUGUUUGAAGCGGCGUGGAAUGGAGCACAACAGAUACCGGACGACCAAUCCAGCGAUGAGAAUGAUCUUAGUCUGACGACAUGGCACGUAUCUCGACUGCCUUCCCUCAUGCAAGCCGGUGGCGGCGCGUGGGAUUCGUUUCGGCUGGUGGAGGCUGUCAACGCCCUAAGGGCUUUUGCACUGGUGUCGACCAACGUGGACGAUGGGUAUGUGCGUAUAUCGAUGCAUCCGUUGGUGCACGCGUGGGCGCGGGACCGUCAAGACGAGCGCCAACAUCAUGCGUCGUGGGUCGCGAUAGGAUGCGUGGUGGCGGUGUCGCGGAGUGAGUACGACAUAUGGCGAGUGCACGCACGGCCACUGCGGCCUCACCUUCAAGCGAUUACGGCGUGGGAGAUGGGGUGUGCAUUUAGGUCCGAGAAUAAGGUAGCGGUGUGCAGUAUAUGGACGAAAUGUGGAUGGCUACUUCAUGGUAUGAGAGAUGACCAGACACUAUUCGAGCUGCUCGAUCGGUUGUGUUCUCACCUCGGUCUCGACAAGCGCAGGGUGGAUCAGCGGUGGAUCGAAGUCUAUGAGCUUUUUGGUCGGAACCUAUACAACUAUGGAAAAGUAGGAGAUGCGGUACGGGUGCUAGAGGAGGUAGUGCGGAUUCGAGAGCAGAUACUGGCGGAGGAUCAUCCUAAUCGACUGGCAUCGCAGCACGCGUUAGCAAUCGCAUAUCAAGCGAAUGGUCAGGUCAAGGAUGCGGUGCGACUACUGGAGGAGGUGCACGAGUUGGCAGGAGCAUAUCGGGCGAACGGUCAGGUCAAGGAUGCGGUGCGACUACUGGAGGAGGUGGUGCGGAUUCAAGGGCAGACGCUGGCAGAGGAUCAUCCUUCUCGACUGGCAUCGCAGCACAAUCUAGCCAUCAUGUUAUGGGAUCUGGGCCAACAUUCUGCAGGUCUGCAGUUGAUGAGGCAUGUCGUGGAGAUUCACAAGCACAUGCUUGAUCCCGGUCAUCCCAGUCGCAAGACGUCCGAGCGCUGGUUGCAAGACUUCGAAGACGAAAGUUCCCAAUAUGGGUAA